AAUCUCUGACAGAAUUCUGCUCUAACGUUUAUCCCCCCCCUUGCAUGCAUGCACGCAUGCAUGUCUGUCCACACACGCCACAUCACAUGCGCAACCCAGUCAGUUCCUUUUAAUUGCAUGUCAGCAGAAAGGCGACCGGUUCCUUUUGAGUCAGCCGGCUUGCGGAAAGGCAGCGGGCUGCUUGGAGCACAGCUUGCCUUUGCACGGGGUGGAAUUUGUGGUUGUAGCAGCAACAGCAGCACGACAAUGAGCCAGAGCCUUUUCUGCUAGAAAACCCCAAGGAAUCCCCGAAUCAGAUCAGACCAAACACCAGGACAACUGUAGGGGUGAGCCAGACAAAUGAUGAUCCGUCGGGAGAGCAAGCGGAAAUCACGAGUCGAAGCCCCCAACGGGACGGACGCCAGCCCCGUUCCGGGUACCGGGGGCAAGAUCCACCGGCGGAAGAGCCGGCGGCGCAUGACCUGUCCAAACCCCCGGGAAAUCAACCAGGCCUUGGCCUCCAUCUCGCUGGGAGAGCUGAACCGGUCUUGUACCUUGGAGGAGUUGGUGGAGAAGUGCCUUCGCUCCUUCGACUCGGAAGGGAAUCUGUGCACCAGCGACUUCACUGUGAACAUGACGUUAACCGUUCACAGUUGGGUGGUUUCGUCGGCCGAGCUGGCCCAUCUCCUCCUCACGUUAUACCGAGAAGCGGCCAAGAGGAAACAGCAGGAGCGCCAGCUGCGGAUCUGUCACUUCAUCCGGUACUGGCUCACCAACUUUCCAGAGGCCUUCCACCUUGACCCACACCUGGAGGAAGCGGUGGCUGAGAUCGUGGAGGUGGUGAGGAAAGAAGGCAGCGAGGAACACCGCCGCCUGCUUGACAUGUCCAGCGCAGCGACUCACACGUGGAACCGUUCACUCAGCUGCCAAGGCAGCCCCGGCUGCGGCAAGAAAAGAAAAGUCUCUCUGCUUUUUGAUCACCUUGACGCCGACGAACUGGCCAACCACCUCAGCUACCUCGAGUUCAAGGUCUUCUGCCGCCUGUCGUACCUGGAUUUCCGGAAUUAUGUGCUUCGCGGGGCUGUGCAGGGCAGUCCUGCGCUGGAACGUGCCAUCGCUCUGUGCAACAGCAUCUCCCAAUGGGUGCAGGUGAUGAUCCUCAACCGGCCGACACCCCAGCAGCGAGCAGAAGUCUUCACCAAGUUCAUUCGGGUUAUUCAGAAAUUACGGCAGAUGCAGAACUUCAACACGCUCAUGGCUGUUGUGGGCGGCCUCUGCCACAGCGCCAUCGCUCGCCUCAAGGACACGCACGCUCUCCUUCCCACAGAAGCCACCAAGGUGUUGUCCGAAAUGACGGAGUUGCUCUCCUCGAGUGGAAAUUAUGGGUCGUACCGGCGGGCAUAUGCCAACUGCGACGGCUUCAAGAUCCCCAUCGUGGGCGUCCACCUCAAAGAUCUCGUGAUGCUGCACGAGGCCUUCCCGGACCGGGUGGAAGGCGGCCGACUCAACUUGAGCAAGCUGCAGAGUCUCUACGAGCCGGCGUGGGAGCUUCGGAUGCUACAGCAAGCCGAGCCCCCGUUCCAAGCCAACAAAGAUCUGGUCCACCUCCUCACGCUCUCUCUUGAUCUCUACUAUACGGAUGAAGAAAUCUACACUCUCUCAUAUGCCCGGGAGCCUCGCUACCCGAAGUCACUGCCUGCUGCACCCUUCAAACCUCCUGUGGUUCUGGAGUGGGCGCCCCGAGUGACCCCCAAGCCUGACCGCAUUACCAUCAGGCGGCAUGUCCAGGAAAUGGUUGAGACGGUGUUCAAGAAUUAUGACCCCGAACAACAGGGCUAUAUCUCCCAGGAAGAUUUUGAGACCGUUUCCACCAGUUUUCCCUUUGCCUUCUACGGGGUUGAAAAAGAGCGCAAACGAACCUGGAGCAGGGAAGAGCUCUCGGACUACUUCAUGCGGGCCUGCGCGAUCGUCUCCAAGCUGGGCCUGGGCUACCUGCACGACUUCCACGAGGCCACCUUCAAGAAGCCCACCUUUUGCGACAGCUGCAAUGGCUUUCUAUGGGGCGUCUCCAAGCAGGGAUACCGAUGUCGAGACUGUGGUAUGAUCUGUCACAAGCACUGCAGGGAUCAGGUGGAGGUGGAAUGCCAGCGGCGCCUCUGCUCCUCCUCCUCGGACGGUACCCUCCCUCGUGUUGCCACGCCAUCCGCCAGCCACCACCCGAGUUCCGGCUCCGAGGAAGAGGCGUUUCUCUUCCCGCCAAGACAGGAGCUGAGCAAGAGCCCGCUCGCCACGGCGGGGAGCGUGGCCGGCUGCCGGCGGAUGAAACACGCCAGCACGCAAACGGAGGAAAGGAGCCCCGCCGUGGAGAGGCGGCAGCAGGAGCCCCCCGCGAGGACCACUGGCCCCAGCAAGAGUCCGAGGCAACUGCUGGAGCGGCUGAAGGAGCUGGAAGAGGAACGAGCCAGGCUUGCCCUGGCCAACCAGCGCCUCCAGAACCACAACACCCGGCUGGAGGCAGAGAACCGCCGGCUGCUGAAGGAGGCGGCCGGCGUCCCGUCCCUCUCCUGCUGGAAGGCGUGGGCGACCGCCUGCAACUCUCACACCCAACCCAAGCCAAACUGAACACAGAGGUCAGGAGCUGCAGGAGAGACGGGGCAAGAAACCUCCCAGCCUGGGCACAAGAUGAUUUAAAGGCAACAGAUCCAGAGGGCUGUUUAUCAGGACCGUGCACCCUGGCGGCAGUGUCUUCCUCUCGGCGUCCCUGGGGAAUGCUUCUGCCGCAGGAUCCAGCGUCGAGCCCACCCAUGAAUUGUUCUACUGGGCCGUUCCUGAGCUUGUAGAAGGCCCCUGGUUCCCUGCCUUGUAGGGCACACCCUAACCUCCUACAAAGGAGGGUAGAAAACUAAGACUUCUCCGUCUAAGGCCCUCCAGGUGGCUGAACACUCGAUCGGGAGGGAAGAGCCUUAAACGCCCAGGAGCCUGAAGAUCAGACGGGAAAAGGGCCACAGACAUCUGCUAUGGAAGAACCAAAUAAAUGUCAGUUUCUAUUUGUUC